CAUCCCGCCAAGUGAUGCAUUAUCCAGAGGAUGCUGUGUGCCCGCGCAUGGUGCGCAUGACGCACACACCGUGCAGCCGCACUAUGAGAUGACGCUGACGUCUUUGACUGCACGUCAGCUCACUGCCAAGAUCACCCACUCCAAGAGCCUCCAGGCACUGGUUCGGCUCUAUGAGCAACAUGGAACGCAGAUGGAUCGUCUUCACCUCUCAGCUUUGCUCCACCGUUGUGGUCAUCUCGCAGAGACGAAGACCAGCCAGGUGCCCCGCUCGCUUCUUCCAGACGUCCUCCAGAGGUGCCCCUCCGGGUCGAUGGUGGAAGGCAGUCGGCAGGUGCAGCCCUCGAUAUUUGGCUGUGAGGAACUGGCACCUACCUCACCAAAUCAUGGGAGGUUGACAUUCCU